ACAAACUAAACUAAACUGGAUGGGUUCAAGCAGAUUCUCUGUUGGUGGAUUAUUUGCGUUGAGCGCUUGUAAAUCGACGAUUUUAUGUUAAAAAAGAAAAGAAAAAGCCCGACUACCUAACACUAACAGUCAGCUGAUUCAUUCACAUGACGGCCCUUUCUAGUUUUGGACCUGUUUACCGGUGAAAAGUCUCCGUAUAAUCUGUUUUACACGACGGGACCAUCAUGUCAAAGUUAGUUUAGAAAGCGCACGGAGAAGAUGACUAGCUAGCUAGCUGAGGAUAUCGGGGACUUCCACAAAGAGCUGUCUAACUAUGUUAGUAAUGACAACACUCUGAGUCCACACAAAGAGGAGCAGCCAGACAGGUUAGCUAAGCAGCUCCAGCGUUGUUGAUGUGCCGUUCACGCCAGUAGAUUUUUGUGUGUGUUUACGGUCUAAAGGAAUUUGCAAAUAUCCAGCAAAAUGAGUCCAGAGGGGAAGAGGCUGUUAAACAUCGUUGUCCUAGGCUUCGGCUUUAUGUUUAUGUUCACUGCUUUUCAAACAUGUGGCAAUAUAGAGCAAACCGUUAUCAAGAGCUUCAAUAACACUGAGUUCCAUGGCAGCGGCUACACAAGCAUGGCCAUCAUCUAUGGAGUUUUCUCUGCAUCCAACCUGAUCGCCCCGUCAGUGGUGACCGUCAUUGGACCGCAGCUAUCAAUGUUUUUCAGUGGGCUUUUGUACAGUGGCUACAUAGCCAUGUUCAUUUACCCGUACACGUGGAGCUUCUAUACAGCGUCUGUGUUGGUUGGAAUAGGAGCAGCAGUCUUGUGGACAGCUCAGGGAAAUGUGCUGGCCAUCAACUCCACUGAUAACACCAUUGGAAGAAACAGUGGCAUUUUCUGGGCGCUGCUGCAGUUCAGCUUAUUCUUUGGAAAUCUAUACAUAUACUGUGCCUGGCAUGGACACGUUCACAUAACAGACAAGGACCGCCAGACGGUGUUCAUCUCUCUCACGGUUAUCAGUCUGGUGGGUUGCUUCCUCUUUUUUCUGAUCCGGAAGCCUGACCCUGAACCUGUUGCUCCCUCGGAGCAGUCGCAGUCGCUGCUGCAGGCUGAAUCCUCAGAGAGCUUCUCCACAGCCAGCUCUCCUGAUGUAGGCCUCUGCUCACAAGCUCUAGAUGCUUUUGUGAGAGCGUGUAAAAUGUUUGGCACCAGAGAGAUGCUGCUGCUGAGCCUUUCCAUAGCAUACACAGGCCUGGAGCUCACGUUCUACAGCGGGGUGUACGGGACGUGUAUCGGAGCCAUGACCCGCUUCGGCCAAGAUGCAAAGAGUUUGAUCGGCAUCUCUGGCAUCUGCAUCGGCGUAGGCGAGAUCCUAGGAGGGGGCGUGUUCGGGAUGCUGAACAAGUGCAGCCGGUUUGGGAGGAACCCAGUGGUGCUGCUGGGGCUCGUCACUCACUAUGUCGCCUUCUAUCUGAUUUUCCUCAACAUUGCCAGCGACGCUCCUAUUGCACCGGAGCCAGGGACAGAUCUGCAGGCCUACAUCACCCCCAGUGUCGGCGUGGCGUUGCUCUGCAGCUUCCUGCUCGGUUUUGGCGACAGCUGCUUCAACACGCAGCUCCUCAGCAUCAUCGGCUUCACCUUCCGCGACAACAGCGCCCCCGCCUUCGCCGUCUUCAAGUUUAUACAGUCCAUCAUGGCCGCUCUGGCCUUCUUCUACAGUAACUACCUGCUGCUGCACUGGCAGCUGCUCAUCCUGGUCCUGAUGGGCUUCCUGGGCUGCGUGACCUUCUUUUUGGCCGAGUGGAAGGCCGAGUCCAGAAGGCGAGAAUCAGACUACGACAGCAUCUGAUGCUCGUCUGGGGAGGAGGAAGAGGGCACAGCUGGAGGUGUUUUGCUCUCUCCACAGCUGGAAGAAUCAACAAGGGAUGAUGAUGAUGAUGAUGACGAGGAUGAUGAUGAACUCAUCCCAGCCUCUGCAAACUAAGACUGACACUGUGGUAUGUAGAAUCCUGGCAGUGGCUGCAAAAAAAACCCCAUUAAUAUCCAUCUUUAUCUGUAACUAAACUCCAAAGGCAUGAGGAGGAACUGUGAGCACACCAGAAUAAUAUACAGUACCUCAUUUUGGCUUUCUAUCUUAUUAUUUACUGCACAUCAAUUUGAAAAUGAAUCCAAACAAAUAUGGACAUACUUUAAACAGAUGUUACUGAGGCAUGAUAGAUAAAGAUGUGUUAAUAAAAACAAAAAAAAAGUACUUUUGAUUUGAGGGCCUGCCAGCAAUGAUAUAAAGGGGGGGGGGGUAAUGCAUCCCACUACUAGUGCCUGUGUGAAGAAAUCCUGAGGAAUAACACUGACUUUAUUGUAAAUAAGCUGUAGAUUUGAAGAAAAAACCUGACAGCCUGUUUUUUUAAGAAUAGAAUGCUUAGCUCCCGUGUCAGUACUCCUGCCCGCGUUCUCCAAACUGGGGGCGUGCCGACCCCCAACUACUGUAGGAAAGGCACUGACUAUGGAGAAGUACCCUCGUAAAACUCCACUUCAAAAAAAAAAUCCAAAGUAACCUUUAAAGACAGCAAAUUGGGUGCAAAGCAAUUAAAAGGGAAACAUUAGAAUUAUAAGAAACUGAACUUUUCAUUUUUUAUUUGUGAGUGUGACAUUUUCACCCUCAAUUCUUCUGCUGUGCUGGGUUUUUUUGUUUCUUUUUUUUGUUUUACUUCUUUUCUUGUUCCUUUUAUGAUGCACCUUCAGUGCUAUAUAAUUGGUUUAGUUAUAAUAAGAUCCAGAUGACUGCAUUCCAGGAAACCUCACAUAAUCAGAAGUGGGUGACUGCCUUCAGUUCAAAUGAAAUUAACAGAGGCUGUUUGGUUUGUGCCAGAAAAAAGAAAAAAAAACACUUCUUUGUUUACCUCCUAAUAUGAAGAAUGUUAAAAGGGGAAAAUGGAGAUGACAAGAUGGUAAAAGUUUGUUUCACAUUGUUGACAACAUGCAACAGACUUUUAGUUUAGUUUUAGUUUUUAGCUCCGCUAGCAGCUCGGCUCUAGAGAUCCAGUCAAGUCGGUCCACCACUUUGGUUCAGAGGGAAAUAUCUCCAAGUGAAACUUGGUUCAGACAUUCAACUUCUUUACGAGAUUAAUUUUAAUCACUUUAGUGAUGAUAUAAAAUCUUGCAAGUGUCUUUAAAGGGAUACUCCAGUGAUUAAGUUUUGCUAAAGUUGGAGGACAGACUGGUCAAUAUUGAAGCAGGAGGCAGGUCGGUCAAGAUCCAAUAUGCUGAUUCCUACACUCCCCAUAAUGCAAUGUAAUGUCGUAUGUGUCUACGUCUAUGUUACGGGCUUACUGUUAAAGCUACCAUGAGGAGUUUUUGACCACUAGUAGUGCUAUUCUAGUACAAGCAUUUUGUGAGGGGGAAAAAAAAGAGGUGAAUCUCUCACAAAUUGCAACAGAAAAUCUGACAGAAAAAUGUUUAUUACUCAUAAAAGUCUCAUCUAUAUCAUAUAAAAAGUCCUAAGAAAUCCAAGUGGUGGAAAGUAUUGAAAAAUACUGAAAUUGGUGAUGCCAAUUUCCCAUUGCAGCCCAUGUUAAGGGGAAACACUGCAGGUGAAUAGGGAAAUAUUUUAACUAACCGAUAUCAGCAUGAAACUUCCCCAGUUGAUUAUUUACAUUUCUUAGGACUUUUUAAAUGUGAUAGAUGAGACUUUUAUUAGACUAGAUCAGAUGAAAGAGUUUAUUUUGCAAUUUGUGUGUGGUCAUGUUGCAUAAUGCUUGUACUAUUCUGUUUAUAUCAUGUACUGUAUAUGUGCGAGCACGGAGACGCCAACAAACGUAGCAAUAUGCCAACAAAAGCAAUACGGAAGAGGACUGUUAACUAGUAAACAUAGAUGGAAACAAUGCUGAAUGCCAAAUACUUGAAAAAGUCUGCUUUGCAAAUGUUUUAGGAGGAAGGAAAUGUGUUUGUUAAACCUCGAGGACGCACAAUGAGCAGGACUAACCAUGUUGAGUAAAUUAAUCUUGAUUUGUAAAAUCAGUGGAGUGCCCCUUCUCAACAAAAAGCGGUGAACUUUCUCACAAUUUUCUUCCUUUUGCGAUGACCUUUAGAGCCUCACAAAGCUGCUGGCGUGGCUGUAGACUCUCUGUCUUGUUCUUUUCUUAUUAAUUAGCGCUGUUGUAAACUGAUCGGACAAACACAGUGCUAAAUACAGGCCUUAUGACGUGUCAUACAGCUUUAUGUAUUGUUGAGGUGGGAAAGGGCAACAAGGAACUAUAUCUUAGAUGCUGUAGGUUUUUUCUCCUUUUUGUUUAAAGUGUCAAUUUAUGAAUUACAGCACAUUAUUCUAGUUAAUUUAUUGCUAAAUGAAACCUAAAGAGUUGUGUUUUGCUCAAGUUUUGUUUCAUGUUGCAAAUGCAAUCAAUCUCAAGGAUAUUAAGGGAAAUGCAUGUGUACUAUGAAGGUGAUUUUAUACAUGAAUGUUGUAAUUAAGAUUGGUACUCGAUCUUUCGCUUGCUUGUUUUUGUCAAUAAAAUAUUAUUUUUAAUAUUA